AGUGUUGAGGGUUCGAAGCUCAACUUUUACCCCGCAGCAUGAAGUCAUGUGCGAAUAACUUCCAGGAAAGCAGCAGCCAGUAAUCAGCAGUGGCACUUGUUGCCACCACAAGAUGAAUUCUGAGAAACAAAGCAAACUGAAGGCUUCCAAAGAAAAUGCUUCGAGAGAGACUGGGGGUAAAAAUGUCACCUUCAAGGCAGCGGAAAAAGAAAGGGCCAUCUCUAAAUCUAAGCCCUCCCCAGGUCUUAUUGCUGGGGAAAGCUCACCGUCAAAGCUUCGGUCAGCUAAAGAACUUGCCAAUGUUCUGGAAGGCAAACAUUCUGUACAAGCAGCUGUCAGUCUGAGCAGCCUCCUCACCGCCCAGAGAUUUGCUAAAGAAUUCAAGAUACGAACCAGCACGAAAAGCAAAGCAAGAUGUCAGGCUUAUCAUUGCAUGUCCACCACCACUGAAAAUGAGCAGAUUCCUGACUCAUCUGCAAAACCCCAGGAGAAGUUUUCUUGUGCCCAAGCAGAAAAGCUGAUUGAGGAGUAUUUAUCAGCAAAACUGGCUGAUGUCACUUAUGAGCCUGUAAAAUGUGGUAGUCUAAUCAAAGCUUUGAGUGAUGAAAUUAGGCACAUGUUUAAGAAGUUCAUUCCACCUCGAUAUAAGCUAAUUAUCAACCUUGUAAUUGGUAGUAGAAACAAAGAGGACACUACUGAUAUAGUUGUGACAAGCCAGUGUCUCUGGGAUCCACACUCAGACAAUUUUGCUUCUUCACAGUAUAUAAAUCAAACACUCUUUUGUGUUGUUUUGGUACAUGCUGUAUACUUUGAAUAACAUCUGAAACACUAUUGCUUUCACAUCUUUGGUAUAUUGCCAUAUGUAAGAAGGGUGGGUUUUUCACAGUCAUGUUUCACCACAAACUUGUUAACUGUCACAUUCAGCAAAAUUAAAGCUGUAACAGAGAUGACAUAUCCAACUCCAAGCAUUACUAUUUAAUGUCCCAAAUAAUAAUGCAAAUAAACAGGUAUAAUUGG